AAUAACAAAAAGGAAACGACACUGCCUCAGUCGUCUGCCGCCCAUCCAUCCUCCGCCGCCAUUCAUCAUCCCAUCCUCGUAUUGGUCAAGGCAUCAGAGCAUACUAUGAUUACUAAUAUCGCUGCACAAUCAUCACAUACAAAGUUGUGCAUCGCGAUAACCAACAAACGGCCGUCGCACAAUGGGUUUUGCUUUCUUUAAUUAUGGAAUUAUGAGUUUAACAAAAAUACAUUAUUUUAAAUUGGGCAAAGUGCGAUAGACAGGAUCGACAAAUGAAGCGAUGCCUAUCGUUAAAUUCCCGCAUAUCAACUGUAAAUAAUCCAAUCUUUUCUAGCUGCAAGAUAAGCUUGCCCUCGACACACUCAACACAGUCGAUAGGGAAAAUCGCUGAAACCGUUUGUAGAGUGCAUUCGGUCAAAGUUCAAUUCUACAUCCUAUUGCCACGCUGUAUCAAUAAUGCAAUUUCAAAUUUCGACAGGAUCGGCCAAGAAACCAGAAGUAGCAGUCGACAAUAGCGAGCCAAAGGUUCCCAUGACAAUCACAACACGUUGCCUGCACAAAUGGAAUGGAACGACGGUUAAACUAACAAAGUCUGGGACGGAGAUUAAAGUGAAGCAGCCCGUGUUCGCAAUGCGUGCUGAGUACACGAUCGGCGAAUCGAUCCUUGCGAUGCGCGUCCAAAAUUUAUGUCAGCAAAUCCUUCUACUCCGUACGAUAUUUCUGUACUAUGAUAACAAUCGACGUGUGACGUUCUUUAACGGUAUCGUCCGCAUGGUUCCGGGCUACGAGUUUGCUCACGAGAAAAAAAUUCUUUUCGACUCUGAGAAGGAAUAUAAUAUCGUACUGGUGGUAGAUAUUUUACCGAAUAACGUGCGGUUGAGAGAAAUAUCGACAAUUCACUUCCUGAAACCCCGCCAAGCACGUGGACCGCCGUUGAAAAUUAAAAAAACCCAACCCUUUCCAGUCCCAGAAGAAGUGAAAAUGGUUUAUAACAAUGGCUUUCUCAGAAGCCUGCAUUACCCUAGAUUAGCUAGCCUCUGGCUGAAUAGAUUCUAUGACUAUCAAGCACUAGGACUAAAUUCGUCAAAUUACAUUGAUUUUCUACGUAUGUUGAACCACAUCGAUGACUACGACACGCAGAUAGCGAUGGAAAUGUACAAUAUACCAAACGUAUCGCUAAUUCCAACGGAUUUCAAUAACCGUUACAUGCUUUCGAUAAUGCAGUUCCCGGUACCUCCGGUGCGAUUGGAUGUAGGAGAUUUUGUGCAAGCUAUAACACCCCACGUUAAUCACCGUUGUGUCCCGACGCAAAAUUUAGUAAGAGGAUUUAUUGCCGAACGAGACACUUGGAUGACACUGCAAUUUGAAAAUCCCUUAAGAAUUGGGAAUAACAUUACGCUGAAGUUUCCUGCGAAUCGACUGCCGUUUCUAUUGGAAUAUCGCGCAUUGUUUCAUUUAAGCCACAUAGAUAUUUCCAGCACUUUAUUUCCUCCGGAAACGAGCGGCCAACAUAACUCUUUGCCAUCGAAGAAGAAAGAAAUGAUUGAAUCGUUUUCGUGGUUUAACACCUCUAUAGCGACGAAUGAACUACAAAAGACGGCCAUAAAAAACAUUGUCAACCGUACAGCAUAUCCAGCACCGUACAUUUUGUUCGGCCCGCCCGGCACGGGCAAAACGAGCACAAUCGUUGAAGCGGUAAUGCAGAUCUACAAAAAUAAGCCCCACUCACGUGUGCUGGUAACGGCCACGUCGAAUUUUGCGUGUAAUGAGCUCGCAAAGAGAUUGCUAGAAUAUGUGCCAGUCGAUGAUAUCUACCGAUACUUUCCAUGUGUACAAGAGCGUAAUAUAGAUUUGAUAGAUUCAUCGAUUUUAGAAAUUUCGAAUCUACACAGCGGCCGGUUUGAGUUUCCCUCUAUGGAGGACUUUCUUAAGACGCGCAUUCUGGUCUGCACCGUGAUGACUAGCGGCCGGUUGUUUGCGCUUGGUGUAAAACUAGAGACCUACGAUUACAUUUUCAUUGACGAAUGUGGCAGCUCGAAGGAACUGUCCGCCCUGGUCCCGAUCGGAAUCGUCGGAGUAGAUGCAGAUUUAAAGAAAAUGCACGCCAGCGUAGUGUUGGCCGGAGAUCCAAAGCAACUCGGGCCGGUAACGUUUUGCAGUUUCCUUAAACAAACACCCCACGACGUUUCCCUGCUAGAUCGUUUGAUGAAAAUGCCAUUAUACGCUCGCGAUCCCAAUAACAAUAACGCGUACAACGAUCGAAUGGUGACAAAGUUGCUCGACAACUACCGAUCGCACUACAAAUUGAUAGCAUUUUCCAACCGAGAGUUCUACGAUGGAGAAUUACGGGCAAAAGCAUCCCCCAAAACCAGUCACUGGGCAGUCGGGUGGGAGCGACUGAAAAAUCCCGAAUUUCCAAUGAUCUUCCAUGCAGUCAUCGGAUUUAUGCAGCAGGAUCCCUUCUCGCUAAGCUACAUGAAUCUGGACGAGGCCUACUGUGUCUAUGAGUACGUGCAAUCCAUAAUGAAGGGAAGCAUAAAUGAUCGAAUAGUUAACCAGGAGGACAUUGGCAUCGUAACACCGUACUCCAGACAGGUUGCUUUCAUUAAGAAUGGUCUUUCGAAUCUGGGAUUGGACAACAUUGAAGUCGGUUCGACUGAGCAGUUUCAGGGUAGAGAAAAAUCGGUCAUCAUUAUCUCGACCGUACGUUCGAAUCGAUCUACGGUCGGCUUUUUACAGGAUGACCGACGCUUGAAUGUUAUGCUGACCCGGGCCAAAGCCCUGACAAUCAUUAUCGGCAACCCGCAAAACCUGGCUACGGACCAAACGUGGGAACGGUUGUUGAAGUUCAUUGAGCAGAAUAACGGCUUUCUUGGUAAAAAUAUCAACCUGAAAAAUUUUCAUCAUAAAUCCAAAAGUAAGAAACAAAAGCGCUGACGACCUGAGAAGUAUUUUUCAGUCUCUUGCUCUCAAGGAAAAUACCAUACUGAUAUCGUCGAUAUCCCUCAUGGGUUUAUUGCCCUGGGGAUUAGACUUAAGAAGCAAAACAGUAUAACAUCGCAUUAAUAUCCGGGAUUGACAUUAAUUAAGAACUAGUUAUAGGAACCAAGACAAACCAAUAAACAACGUGAUCAUUCUAAACCAUUUUA